CUGAUCGUGAUAACAAAACAUGUUUCUACCUCGGUAUCUCUCAUAUUCGACAGGAAUCUCAUGUGCGAUCGUUCUUAUGGGACACGUCACUGCGUUAUCGCGAAGGAUAUACGACCGAAAGUUCGUGCAAAUUUUUGACAAACAAGCCAGCGACGAUAUCGGUGAUGAAAUUAAUUUUGGCGCAGAGUGCAGCAUAAAGACGCCUGCCUAUUUAAGGAUUCUCGUCUAUUUACGAGCCGCAGGGUUUUAUCUGCGGUGCCGUAAAUCAAGCUGAUACAGCUGAAUAUCGGCCUAACAUAUAGCAUCGCAUUUCACGUCAUCAUUGCCAGUGGGUAUGCAGAUUUCGUUCGGUACUUUUCCAAAUUCCAGCGAGGCUGUUUUAUUAUUAGAUACAUACAUGAUUAGAUCGUGGACGCGUAAACGACACUUUUCCGAAAUUCAGUCGCUUUGUUGCCGGCGCAGUACGUUACUCCAGACACUAAUGCGGAACUUAGAGCGCUCUACAGUAAGAAGAAAGUAAUCGAAAUAUUCCCUUAACGCGAAUCUUUUGAGCUAGUGAAUUCAGGAUGAACGUCAAUGGCACGGAUCCGUUUUUCGCUGGCCACGAGCUGAAAGAACUCACUUUCGGAUGGACCGAUUAUACCCUGUUCGGCGGUCUGCUGGGUAUCAGCGUUCUCAUCGGCAUCUACUUCGGUUUCUUCAGCACGAAGCAGGACAACACCACCGAGUACCUACUCGGCGGAAAAACUAUGUCCUUUCUUCCAAUUAGCAUGAGCCUGAUAGCGAGUCACAUAUCAGGCGUGUCUUUGCUCGGCGUCCCCUCCGAGGUGUACCAAUAUGGAACUCAAUACGCGGUGUGCAUUUUCACAUCCUUCAUCAGCUGUUUCAUAAUCGUAAGCGUAUACCUGCCGGUAUUUUACAAGCUGCAGCUGACGAGCACUUUCGAAUAUCUGGAAAUGAGAUUCGCCAGGCCGGUCCGGCAAUUAGCGUCUUUUCUCUACACCCUCGCGCUGGUCAUCUACGUGCCGUUGAUAAUCUACGUGCCGGCGUUAGCCUUCUCGCAAGCAACCGGGAUGAAUCUGCAUUACGUCGCGCCGGUGAUAUGCAUGGUGUGCAUCUUCUACACGACCAUCGGAGGUCUGAAGGCUGUCGUAUGGGCGGAUACGGUUCAGAUGACGGUGACUGUCGGAAGUCUCAUUGCCGUUUUGAUACUGGGAACGAUUGCCGUGGGCGGCGUCGGUGAGACCUGGAGGAUAGCCGAGAAGGGCGGUAGAAUUGUGUUUUGGAAUAUGGAUCCCAGUCCUUUCACCAGAAAUUCGUUCUGGGGCAUGUCAGUGGGAAUGGUAAUGACAUGGCUGGCAGGGUUGGGCAUCAGCCAGGUUUCUAUGCAAAGAUUUCUGGCAGUACCUACUAUCAAAGAAGCGCAAAAGUCGAUAUGGGUCCUGGCUGUGGGCCUAAUAUUUGUAAAACUGAUUUCCGUUUUCACCGGCCUCACGAUGUACGCCAGAUAUCACAAAUGCGAUCCCAUAACGGCACAUGUGGUAGCAAGGAGCGACAAGAUAUUGCCGUAUUACGUGCUGGACGUAGCCGCGAACGUUCCGGGACUUCCUGGCCUCUUUCUCGCCGGUCUGGUUAGCGCCGGUCUCUCGACGAUGAGCGCCGGGUUGAACACAGUCACCGGCACGAUUUACGAGGAUUUCAUCGAUCCCUGGAUGCCAGAGAGUAACGACAAAGAGACUAGAGCCGCCAACAUUAUGAAGAUCACGGUGGUACUCCUGGGCAUCCUGUGCGUGGGCAUGGUGUUCCUCGUGGACCGUCUCGGCGACAUCUUCCAGCUGUCACUGACCGUGACCGGUAUCACGGCCGGCGCGAUGCUGGGUCUGUUCUCGCUGGGGAUGUUGAUGCCCUGGGCGACGACCAAGGGAGCGGUGGCCGGCGGACUGGUCUCGAUGGUGACGAUGAUCUGGAUCAUCGUCGGCGCACAAUGGCACAUGGCCAAUCGCCGUCUCUAUUACCAGCCGCUUCCCUCCACGACGGAGGGCUGCCUGAACGGGCCCGGUCUGUUUAAUCGUACGACUGUAAUGACGACCACGCAGAAUCCGACGCAAGUCGAGUCUGUAGACGCACCUUUCUUCAUGUACAGGAUAUCCUUCAUGUACUAUACGCUGCUGGGGGCUCUAAUCGUGAUGGUGAUCGGCACGGUAGUCAGCUUCCUCUGCGGCGCUCCUGAUUUAAGCGACAUUAACCCAGAUCACUUUCCACCGUUCAUGACCAGAUUUUUCCCACCGAAAAAAUACAUGGAAGUGUCGUUACAUACGGUGCCAACAGCGUUGGUAACUAAUCCAGAGAAAGAAGAACUGAAAUCUUGAAACGUGUAUAUUUGAUUCCAUCCUUACUUGUUCUCCGUGACCUUACAAGACUUGAUUAAAACACACAUACAUGCACGCACACAAUAUAAAUGUCCUUAAACGUUUGAAAAAUCGUUCGAUUACAAAUUCUAUGAUCUCUCUGUAACAAUAUUACGUAUUCUCUAUAUCAAAUACAUUUAGUACGUAAAGAAAAAAAACUUCUAUCGAAAUCUAGUUUCCACCGAAUAAAUUUAGGCCAGUUCACAAGCUUUCAAUAUAUCAACAUAUUGAUACUAAGAUGUUUAGAGAGAGAUUUCCGUAAACCGUCCGAGGAAGAAAGGCUCCAAUCAAUAAAUUCUUAACGACAUAAAUUGUACGGGGGACAGCGAUCGACAGACAAGCGGACGCAUUUGUCCGGGAGAGAUAACUGCAUCUAACCGGCCUCGUCCUCGGAGUUGAAAGCACCCAUUAGAACGUCGAUGAGGGUGUCAAAUUGACUAGAUUAUAUAUCUGCCCCACGCAUCUCAAUACAAACAAGUCCCCGGCUCCAUCUGAAACAUCUGGAGGAACGAUGCCUAUCGGAUUAGAGAAUGUAAAUGCUGCGGGAGUUUUUGUCGAGUCAUUCGUUGAGUCUCUCUCUUUAAAAUCCGCGAUGGAUCGAUCGGUGUGUGUGCCAGAGCGUGCCGUCGCGCAGCGGACUUGUGACAAAUUUCCAAGACUUUUCUCGUCUCUCGAGAGAGACGCGCGAGACCACCAACUUGACGGGAGAGGGGUCGGAGGGGGGGGGGGACUUAUCAUUUCGAAUUCGGGACGACGAAAGGGAGGACCCUUAUCAGCGAUCGCCAACUCGCAGAAGACGUAUAGGAAACCCCCGAUCGACUGUUCCUCGCGGGAGAACAUUCCACGUCUCCAGCGGAGAAACGACGCUUCUGUCUCGAAGCGGGCGACCACAUUCCACCGCGGAACGGUUUUAUUUUAUUGGACUGAAAGGUGUCAAAUAUAGGCGGCAGAGACCCAUCUACUUACAUACCGAUGCGCGAGUUUCGGGGAACCUCCCCCCGUCUAGUUCUCCUCGCCGCGUUCCCCCUUUCUAUCCGGUCUGAUUUCAACGUGUGGGUAAAAUCCCGAACUGAGAAGGACCCGGCCUCGCAUUGUGGGCCGGGUGACAGAUUUUUGACAGAUUCUGUCUGAUUUGGUGUCGAGUGACAGACCUGAGAGGCCCGAUCGCACAGCCUCCUCGUGGUUGACGUUGUCGUAUAUCGCCCCUCUUUAUACACCAAGUAUCUCUUGAAAGCGGCGCUUGGUUAUGCCCCGCCCUCGGUAAUCCUUCGUGCCAAUUAUUAUUUUUUUAUUUAUCAAGAUAGAGCGAUUGGAGAGUGAACCCGAUGAAAAAAUAAGCCUAUAUCGAAAGCAAAAAAUAAUGCGUCAAAUCUAGGAGUCACGUAAUAAAGUGACGAAAAUUAAGAAUAUUGUGCGCAGAAAAUAGCUACCAAUCUAUUGUUGGAAAAAUUAUUCGAAGAUGCUUCACGUUAAUUCUACUAUA